GGCCAAAACAUUCGGGUCCUGAGUUCUUCACAUUCCAUUCUCAGGCUGGUCUGGAUUUGGGACCCGAGGAGACCCGCUGCGUCUGCUGGUCGCUGCGCUGAAGCCUCGACGCAGCUCUCGGAGCCUAAGGGUAGGAGUCCCUCUGGAAGAACCUGAGGCUGGGGCCUGGUGGAUAGAGCCCUGGGAGAGGUCUCUGCCUCCACUGCCCAACUUCUAGACUUCUCACUUCUAACCCUUCUUCCCUGCUGUCUGCGCCACUUUACAGGCAGACAGACAUGGCAGAGUUCUCCCAGAAACGGGGGAAGCGGCAUGACGACGAUGUGUGGGGCAGCGCUGUGGACUUCCUCCUGGCCAAUGCCCGCCUGGUGCUGGGUGUGAGUGGGGCUGCUGUGCUGGGUAUUGCCACCCUGGCUGUGAAGCGGCUCAUUGACAGGGCUACCAGCCCUCAGGACGAGGAUGACAUCAAGGGAGAUGCCACAUGCCUGGAAGACAGUUGGAAGGAACUGAGCCUGCUCAAGGGCACACCAUGCCAACAGCCCCGGUCCUCACCUGCUGCACUCAGCCAUCCUGUGCUUCUCUCGGCCCCCUCACUCUUUGCCCCAGAGGGGCCCGCAGAUGCUGACCCUCAGCUGGCUCCUCAGCUUAGCUCGCCAGCACCACUGUGUCUGACGUUCCAGGAAAGGCUGUUGGCAUACGAGCGAGACCGUGUGAGCAUCCCAGUGUCUCAUGUGGCUCUGGCCAAACAGUUGGCUGGUGACAUUGCCCUGGAGCUGCAGGCCUACUUGCAGAGCAAGUUCCCAGAACUACCUUUUGGGGCACUUGUGCCUGGGGGGCCACUUUAUGAUGGCCUGCAGGCAGGGGCUGCUGACCAUGUGCGUCUCCUGGUGCCCCUGGUGCUGGAGCCGGGCCUGUGGAGGCUAGUGCCUGGCAUGGACACUGUGGCCAGGGACCCUCGAUGCUGGGCUGUGCGCAGGACUCAGCUUGAAUUCUGCCCCCGCGGAAGUAGCCCCUGGGACCGCUUUCUGGUGGGAGGCUAUCUCUCUUCCCGUGUCCUGCUGGAACUGCUCCGCAAGGCCCUGGCUGCCUCCGUCAACUGGCCAGCUAUUGGCAGCCUUCUUGGGUGCUUGAUCCAGCCCAACAUGGCCUCAGAGGAGCUGCUGCUUGAGGUCCAGCAUGAGCGCCUGGAGUUCACUGUUGCUGUGCUCCUAGUGGUCACUGGGGCUGAUACGGAGGAUCGGCUCCUUCUGGCCUGGCCUCUGGAGGGGCUGGCUGGGAACUUCUGGCUACAGGACUUGUACCUGGCAGAAGCUGCCAGGCUUCGAGCUUUGGAUGACCGUGAUUUGGGGACCCGCCGUCGGCUGUUGCUGCUGCUGUGUAGUGUCUGCCAAGGCCAUCCAGCCCUGCGGCAGCUGAGCCGGGGCCACCUGACCCAGGUGGUUCUCCGUCUAGGAGAGGAGGAUGUGAACUGGGCUGAAGAGGCCUUGGGUGCACGCUUCCUGCAGGCAGUGGAGCUGCUCAUCUGCAGCCUAGAGCAGGCCAGCCUACCCUGCCAUUUCAACCCUGCGGUGAACCUCUUCGACAGCCUGCGCCCGCAGGAGAUUGACGACAUGGGUUACGCACUAUACUUCGGCCUGCAGGCCCCGGAGGGGCUGCUGUAGAUGGGUGGGACAGCCGACAGCACAUGUUCUGAUGGUGGUGAGCUCUACGCUCCUCUCUUCCAGGGAUUUGGAGGCCAGUUUUUUUUGCUUUUCACCAGGAUAAAAGAGGGUGCAUUACCUAAGCCUGCAGGGUUAGCAUGUGCAUAGGCAACAGUCGCUGGAACUUCUAAGUUCAGAGAGCUUGGGUUGCUGUCACCUGAGCAUGGCUGUGGCGCCUCUCAGGCAGCCUGGAAUGCCAGCCUCUCACACACUCCCCCUUGGUCUUCUGGACUGACCCCAGACUUGGGUUUGGUCCAUUGUCACCAGCAGUGAAUCCGCUGACAGAAAAUGGCUUCUGCUAUUCUAGGCAGUGGAUAAGGCCAGAUGUUUUUCUGUUGAGAGGGUGAGUUUGGUGCUUUGCUUGGGUGCCAGCUCCAGGCAUCUCUAGGCCUCUGGAAUAGGAUGGUAAACACCGUGUGUUGUUCACCCCCAUGGGCAGUGUCACCUGGUGCCCGCAGGACGUGGCUUUGGCUGGCUUAGAGCCUGGGGCUUUCCACCGUUAUCUGUGGUCUAGUUUGCUUGUUGAGCUCUCCUCCAGUCUGGAGUGGGAGCUUAGCCUGAUGAGCUGCCCGCCUCAUGCCUUUGAGCACCAGGUGAGCUUCCUCUUUGAGCAGUGGAGGCCCCUGGGAGAGCCUCUUCCCUACUGGAGGAACCGAGGUUCUGUGCUGCCUGCCUUGCCCAGAGCCAAGGGUGUCCCGCUAGCCACUGGGUGGGCCUGGCGAGAGAGCAGAGGCUGGUGUGUAGGCUGGCCUCCCCAGUGCCCAAAUGACUGCCCUCAGCUGGUGCCUGUGUUCUCACUGAAGCCUGGCAAGGUGGGGGAUAGGAAAGGGAGGGUCUGCCUCCCUUCCCAGGUAUUCCUCCUAUCUUUGGUAUCCUUCCUGCUGAAGCAGACCUGUGCCUCCAAGAAUGUGAACAAGAAUAAAAGCAAUGAUUCACAAGGAUUCGUGUGACUAAUGCUGAGCUCUCAUGAGCAGCCCUUUGGAGUUCUGGAAACUUGUCAGAGGGUCUCAGGACCCACCUGAAGGUAGCACAAUUUAACAGGUAGAGGUUAUCUGGAGGGAGAAGAUUACAAGAGUCCUAGUGUGAUGUCUUGCUUUUGUAAUAGGAACCAACUAGGGUUUUGUUUCUUUCCUGAAUUUUUUAGUUCGAAACCCCUGUGAUUUCUGGGAUGGCUAGAACUGCCUCAAGCCUUUCAGCUAGUAUCAUUAGAGAAAUGUGAUUACUUCACCUUCCUUGUUUCUCCUCAUGGCCUCACCAAUGGAGGACAACCUCCCCCCAAAACAUGGAGAGGCAAGUAUAUCAGUGUCCCAAAAGAAGCCAAAGUUGGGCUUAUUUCCUUUGUCCCCACAUGACAAACGAGACCAUGUGUGCUUGGGGCGUGGGCACCACAGCUGCACCGUUCCCACUUGCUUGUCCCCUUCCUAUCCAUUGUACUUCCUAAGGUGACCACCCUCCUUCCAACUGUGAUUACAUGACAAGGAGUGAGCACAGGAUUACAGUGCUCCUUCAUCCAAGGGGCUGUCACAUGGGACAGAUGCUUGUGUGCACCUCUGGCUACAGGAUCCUAGGCUGCCUCUGGAAGUCAUGAGGCCUCUGCAGCACUUAGGCAGCGGGAGGACUGCACUCAGGCUCUCACCAGGGUCAAAGGGCAGGAGACCAGCUCAGCUGAGGAACAUUCAGGUAACUUGUCUCAGGAGCUGGUACAUAGGCAGCCAAGGGCUGGUGAGGGAACAGGCUGGAGUCAGAAGUCGUGCUUUGGGAUUCUCCUGUAGAGUGGGGAUUAUGUGACACCCAUUUCCUAGGGUGGUUGUGAGGAGUAAUUGCUGGUGGGAGUGUUAGUACAGAGCCUGGCCUGAAGUGGGGUGGCUCCCCCUAACCAGAGAGACUUGCUGGCCCAAUAGCACAGAGCCCAAGCACAAGGGGCCCUCUGCUGCUCAGCCUGUUCCUGUCUGUGGCUGUGCUCCUCAGGACAACCGGCAGCCUGGGGAAGGCUGGCCUGGGUGUGGCCGGGGCGGUGGGCCAGGACGGUGAGCCAGGACGGUGAGCCUGGUCCAGAAGCCCUCUUAGAUGACCAAACUCCACAUAUGGCCCCAUCUGGGCAGGCCUCAUGCUUUUGGUGGUUCUGAACUUCCCCUCACACACCAUAAUUUCAGUAAGAAAAA